UAAUGAAGGAGAUUGUAUGAUAGUUGUCAAUAAAGCGGGUAAAUUAAAAAUCACGUCUUGAUCGAUUUGAGCAGGAUGUCAGAUUGCUGCUUAAAUUUGGCGUGUCCAUGUGACCAAGCGAUAAGGUCUGGAGAAUUCACUGAGGAAACGACAAACGACGUCGAGGACGAAACGGCUUCUGUUCUAACAAAAAUGGAUAUUGCACUUUUGAAAGAUCAGUAUGACUCCAUAAGGGACAAACAGAAACGUGAAACUCGAGUAAUAUAUUUUAAGAAUGCAUCAAACGAUGAGGAGAUCGCUGACAAAUCUUUGGUUAGUAUGGUUCCGAUGCAACAGGUCAAACACUCCCUUAAGAGGCAGGUGGCCUUCCAAGAAACCCAUUUUGACUUUGUCCGAGACCCAGACAGUGCCCCCUGGCGCACCCACCUGGGAAUGUACCGUAGGACCUGCCUGGCUGUUGACGCCAAUUGCCUUCAACAUGUCAAGAUCAAGACCAGCACAGGAGACUCUGCAUCAUCAUGUUCAGAAGGUAAUGGAGAACGCAGUGGAGAAGUGAUGGAUUCAAGUGAUCUAUUAUCUGAGGACUGUGAAGGGGUUGAUGGCAACCAGCACCUCAGUAAAAAUGGGCAGAAGGAUAAUGGAUCUGAGAAUUCCAAGGAGUAUUCAGCACCUGCUGUUUUGUCAAGGCAGCUGAGUUGUGGGAGCCACCAAUCCUCUCGCACCUCAGCAAGCUCAUACCACUACCCCUUCCCUCAGCUCAAGUGCCCUAGAAAGUCUGAGGCUGCAUACAAACUUGGACUUUACUCCUCGUUCUAAUGAGACAAUUGAGAUGCAAAAAACAAGGGUUGUGCAAUAUUGUUUUGAAACUUUAUCCUUAAUCACAUGUUGUAAUACUGUAUUUUGGUCCUUUAGAAGUGCAUUGAUUUACAGUUGCACUACAGAACCCACAUGUAAAAUCAUAUGCAAACAUGUAAAAAUGACUUGUUGAUUUAUAUUGAUAUUUCAAAAGAUUAACAUUAUACUCACAUCCUUAGCGGCACAUAUAAUUUUGAAUAGUGUCUUUAUUUUGAGCUCAUCUGUAAGCAGUUUGUCA